GGUGGUUUUGUUCAAUCUCUACCAUAUAAACUUUUGAUAACCUUUUCAUCUCUCACGCUCUCUCUCUCUCUCUCUCUCUCUCUCUAUUUUAACCUGCCCAUCUACCAUCCAUUCUCUCCGACCUCCUCCCAUCAUGACUGAUCCAUACUCCAAUCACUUCAGUGGAUGGUUCAACCUCAAUUCUCUCUACCACUACUCUUCCUCCACAUCCUCCACCCCAUCCUUCUAUUCUCCUUACGACUAUUGCUCAAACAACAAUAUCAAUGUAAACACAACAAACUCUUUCACUUACUUUGAACCCUCACCUCCUUCUCCUCCUCUAAGAGAAGCUCUUCCUCUCCUCAGUUUAAGCCCCACAAGACAUGAAGAACAAGAAUCAUCCUCCUCCUACAUGGAAGUGGAUAAGAACAAGGUGGACAGAGACAAAGAAGAAUUAUUAUUCUCUUCUACUAGUGCUGCCUCUAAUGAUGAUGACCCAGCUGUGACAGUAGCUCUUCAUUUAGGGCUGCCAAGCCCUAGUUCUGCUGAUUUGAUCUCAACCCUCUCCUCCACAGAGAUCUCAGAUAAAGAUGAAGUUACUGUGGCUUCUGGGUACCUUCCAGAUAGGCUCAACAAGGGACAGUAUUGGAUCCCUACACCUGCUCAGAUUUUGAUUGGUCCAACCCAGUUCUCAUGCCCUCUUUGCUUCAAAACCUUCAACAGAUACAACAACAUGCAGAUGCAUAUGUGGGGGCAUGGAUCUCAAUACAGAAAAGGCCCGGAGUCUCUAAGGGGAACACAACCAACAGCCAUGCUAAGGCUACCAUGCUAUUGUUGUGCACCAGGUUGCAGGAACAACAUUGACCACCCAAGGUCAAAACCACUCAAAGACUUUAGGACCCUCCAAACCCAUUACAAGAGAAAGCAUGGGAUCAAGCCCUUCAUGUGUAGAAAAUGUGGCAAAGCCUUUGCUGUUAGGGGGGAUUGGAGAACCCAUGAGAAGAACUGUGGGAAGCUAUGGUAUUGCACUUGUGGCUCUGAUUUCAAGCACAAAAGGUCACUCAAAGAUCACAUCAAGGCGUUUGGACAUGGCCAUGCAGCUUUUGGAAUUGACUGUUUUGAAGAGGAAGAUGAGGCAGCUUCUGAAAUUGAGCAAGAUAAUGAAUCCUCCCAGUGAGAACACUUUGGAAAUUAAGGGAUUGAUCUCAAGCUAAAGUGAUUUUGAAAUCAAUUUCUCAUAUUUUGAGCCGAUGUUUCACAUGACUUUGGCUUAUGUAUGAGCAUAUUAAACGUUAGCAUUAUUUGAUAGCUACCUUUUUCCUUUAAUUAAUUCCAACUCUUGCUAUA